AUGGCACAUAAUGGUAUCAAUAACAUCAAUGGCACUGCCAUGUACGGCGAGGGAAACUCGGAAUUGAGCUGCGUAUUUAUGGAGGGCAAUAAUAUGGGCCUGAAGAAAGGUCCAUGGACGGCGGUGGAGGAUCAAAUUCCGAUGGAGUACGUGAGCAAACAGGGCGAAGGGAACUGGAAUUCGGUGCAAUGGAAUUCCGGGCUCAAGCGUUGCGGCAAGAGUUGCAGGCUCCGGUGGUGGGCUAAUCAUCUCCGCCCUAAUUUGAAGAAAGGUGCAUUCACACCCGAGGAAGAGAGACUCAUUCUUGAACUCCACGCCAAAUACGGCAACAUGAAAUGGGCACGCAUGGCCUCUCAGUUACCUGGACGAACAGAUAAUGAAAUUAAAAAUUACUGGAACACAAGGGUGAAGAAGCGACUACGCAAAGGUCUUUCACUAUAUCCUCAUGACAUUAACCCAUCCAAACGAAGCUUCCUUCGAGCCAAGUAUCUCAUACACCAGAGCCUCCUUCAAGCCAACUAUCUCAAGCACCACAGCUCCCUUCAAGUCAAGCAUCUCAAGAACAUUCAUUGUCAGAGAUCACCACCACCAUUGAUGCCAGCAUAA